AUGGCCACCGGGGUGUGGCCCGUAGCCGCCGUAUCACUGGUGCUCCUCCUCUGUUCCUCCAUCCCAAAAUCUGAAUCCCAACAAGAGUACGUCAACAACAAACAACUAAAUUGCUCCCAGCACGAAACCAACGCCACAAAUGGCAACCUCUGCAACAGUGUUCCAUCAUGCGCAUCCUACCUCACCUUCAAAUCUUCCCUCCCAGAUUACACCACCUCUAUCUCCAUCUCUUACCUCCUCAAUUCCAGCACCUCCGCCAUGGCCGCCGCAAACAACAUCACAGAUGUCCAAUCCAUCCCCGCCGAAACCCUCAUCACCGUUCCCAUCAACUGCUCCUGCUCCGGCCUCUACUAUCAGCACAACGCCUCUUACAACAUCAAAGUACAGGGCGAAACCUACUUCUCCAUCGCCAACAACACAUACCAGUCCCUCACCACGUGUCAGGCUCUCAUGGACCAAAACACCUACGGUGAACGUGACCUCGUUGCGGGUCUCGACCUCCACGUGCCUCUAAGAUGUGCCUGCCCCACCCAGAAACAGAGCGAAGCAGGGUUCAAGUACUUGCUCACUUACUUGGUUUCUCAAGGAGAAACGGUUUCUUCCAUCGCUGAAAUCUUUGGUAUUGACCAACAGAGCAUCCUCGAAGCAAACGAGCUUUCUGAUACCUCCUUUAUUUUCUACUUCACGCCGAUUUCAAUUCCUCUAAAAACAGAGCCGCCAACGAAUUUACUGAGAGCAGCGGCUCCCCCGAACGACUCCCCGUCACCGCCGCCUCCGGCGGCGGAGGAAGACUCGGACUCUUCCAAGAAAUGGGUCAUUAUCGGAAUCGUGGUUGGGGUUGUUGUGCUGCUUCUUGUCUGCGCUGCUCUAUUUUUCUUCUGUUUCUAUCGGCAGCGACGGGUACAACAGCCAUCGCCGACUCCGGCAGCGAAGGCUUUCUCGGGCCCCACCCAGAAACAGAGCAACGAAAUGACUCUUCCGACGUCGCAGUCGUGGUCUCUUUCUUCGGAAGGGAUUCGUUACGCGAUCGAGUCGUUGAGCGUGUACAAGUUUGAGGAGUUGCAGACGGCGACAGUGUUCUUCAGUGAAGAGAACAAAAUCAAGGGUUCUGUUUAUAGGGCUUCAUUCAAGGGUGAUUAUGCUGCGGUUAAGAUUCUCAAAGGGGAUGUGUCGAGUGAGAUCAACAUUCUCAAGAGGAUUAACCACUUCAAUGUUAUAAGAUUGUCGGGUUUUUGUGUUCACAAAGGUGACACCUAUCUGGUGUACGAGUUUGCCGAGAAUGAUUCUCUCGAAAAUUGGCUGCAUAGUGGUAAUAAGAAGUACGAGAAUUCGGUGUCUCUGAGUUGGGUGCAGAGGGUUCAUAUUGCUCAUGAUGUUGCUGACGCUCUUAAUUAUCUUCAUAACUAUACCAGUCCUCCUCAUGUGCAUAAGAAUUUGAAGAGUGGGAACGUGCUUUUAGAUGGGAAUUUCAGGGCAAAGGUUUCGAAUUUUGGGUUGGCGAGAGCGGUGGAGGGUGAAGGGGAUGACAGGGGAUUUCAAUUGACAAGGCAUGUGGUGGGGACUCAAGGGUACAUGUCACCUGAGUACAUUGAGAAUGGUUUGAUUACUCCAAAGAUGGAUGUUUUUUCGUUUGGAGUUGUGCUUUUGGAGCUUCUUUCAGGGAGAGAGGCUGUUGGUGGGGUUAAGAAUGGAUCUGGGGAGCAGAUGCUGUCGCUGACUGUGAAUCAGGUGCUUGAAGGAGAGAACGUUAGAGAGAAACUUCGAGGUUUCAUGGAUCCAAAUCUGAGAGAUGAAUAUCCUUUGGAACUGGCUUAUUCCAUGGCUGAACUUGCCAAACGCUGUGUUGCUCGUGACCUCAAUGCAAGACCACAGAUUUCUGAGGUUUUCAUGACUUUGUCCAAGAUUCAAUCCUCUACGAUGGAUUGGGAUCCCUCUGAUGAGCUUGAACAGUCUAGAUCUGUCAGCCAAAUUUCUGAUAGCAGAUAGAUGAGGAACUUGGCGUUAUGAUAUUGUCAAUAGCUUCAAUGGAAUAAAGAGUUUUUUUAAAUUUUGAA